CACCUUAGCCCAUCCGCGCCCACCUGAGGCUGCGCCAUGGCGGAGCAGGAAAGCCUAGAGUUCGGCAAGGCGGACUUCGUGCUGAUGGACACCGUCUCCAUGCCCGAGUUCAUGGCCAACCUCAAGCUCAGAUUUGAAAAAGGGCGCAUCUACACUUUCAUUGGAGAAGUUGUUGUUUCUGUGAAUCCUUACAAGUCAAUGAACAUCUACGGGAGAGACACAAUUGAGCAGUAUAAAGGACGUGAGCUGUAUGAGAGACCACCUCAUCUCUUUGCUAUUGCUGAUGCUGCUUAUAAGGCUAUGAAGAGGCGAUCAAAAGACACCUGUAUUGUGAUAUCAGGGGAAAGUGGAGCUGGUAAAACGGAAGCCAGUAAGUACAUUAUGCAAUACAUUGCUGCCAUCACCAACCCCAGUCAGAGAGCGGAGGUCGAAAGAGUGAAGAAUAUGUUGCUUAAGUCCAACUGUGUCUUAGAAGCUUUUGGAAAUGCCAAAACCAACCGUAAUGACAACUCAAGCAGAUUUGGGAAAUACAUGGAUAUCAACUUUGAUUUUAAGGGGGACCCUAUUGGUGGACACAUCAACAACUACUUAUUGGAGAAGUCUCGGGUGAUUGUGCAACAGCCAGGAGAAAGAAGCUUUCACUCUUUCUAUCAGCUACUCCAAGGUGGUUCAGAACAGAUCCUACGCUCUCUACAUCUCCAGAAAUCCCUUUCGUCGUACAACUAUAUCCAUAUAGGAGCUCAAUUAAGGUCUUCUAUCAACGAUGCUGCAGAAUUCAAAGUAGUAGCAGAUGCCAUGAAAGUAAUUGGCUUCAAACCUGAGGAGAUUCAAACAGUAUAUAAAAUUUUGGCUACUAUCCUUCACUUGGGAAAUUUAAAAUUUGUGGUAGAUGGUGACACACCUCUUAUUGAAAACGGCAAGGUUGUAUCUGUCAUAGCGGAAUUGCUGUCCACGAAGACCGACCUGGUUGAGAAAGCCCUUCUUUACCGGACAGUGGCCACUGGCCGUGAUGUCAUUGACAAGCAGCACACGGAGCAGGAAGCCAGCUAUGGUAGAGAUGCCUUUGCCAAGGCAAUAUAUGAGCGCCUUUUUUGUUGGAUUGUGACUCGCAUCAAUGAUGUGAUUGAGGUCAAGAACUACGACACCACAAUUCAUGGGAAAAACACCGUUAUUGGUGUCUUGGAUAUCUAUGGCUUUGAAAUAUUUGACAACAACAGCUUUGAACAAUUCUGCAUCAACUACUGCAAUGAGAAACUGCAGCAGCUGUUUAUUCAGCUGGUUCUGAAGCAAGAACAGGAGGAGUACCAGCGGGAAGGGAUCCCCUGGAAGCACAUUGAUUACUUCAACAAUCAGAUCAUUGUGGACCUGGUGGAGCAGCAGCACAAAGGCAUCAUCGCAGUCCUGGACGAUGCCUGCAUGAAUGUCGGCAAGGUCACCGAUGAAAUGUUCCUCGAGGCACUCAACAGUAAACUGGGCAAGCAUGGUCAUUUCUCCAGCCGAAAGCUCUGUGCCUCAGACAAAAUCCUGGAGUUUGAUCGAGAUUUUCGAAUUCGACAUUAUGCAGGUGAUGUAGUCUAUUCUGUCAUUGGUUUUAUUGACAAAAAUAGAGACACUUUAUUUCAAGAUUUCAAGCGCCUUAUGUAUAACAGUUCAAAUCCUGUGCUGAAGAAUAUGUGGCCUGAAGGCAAACUGAGCAUUACAGAGGUGACCAAACGCCCCCUGACUGCCGCCACCUUGUUUAAGAAUUCUAUGAUUGCUUUAGUAGACAACCUUGCAUCAAAGGAACCAUAUUAUGUACGUUGCAUCAAACCCAAUGAAAAGAAAUCCCCACAGAUAUUUGAUGAUGAACGUUGCCGGCAUCAAGUGGAAUAUCUUGGGCUACUAGAAAACGUGAGGGUGCGUCGGGCCGGAUUUGCCUACCGCCAGACAUAUGAGAAGUUUCUUCACAGGUACAAGAUGAUCUCUGAAUUCACCUGGCCCAAUCAUGAUCUCCCUUCAGACAAAGAGGCUGUCAAGAAACUGAUUGAACGUUGUGGGUUUCAGGAUGAUGUAGCUUAUGGGAAGACCAAAAUUUUUGUUCGAACCCCCCGAACAUUGUUUACCUUAGAAGAACUCCGUGCCCAGAUGCUCAUAAGGAUUGUCCUCUUUCUACAAAAGGUGUGGCGGGGCACCCUGGCCCGCAGGCGGUACAAGAGGACCAAGGCAGCGCUGGCGAUAAUCCGGUACUACCGUCGCUACAAGGUGCGGUCGUACAUGCACGAGGUGGCCAGACGCUUCCACGGCGUCAAGACCAUGAGAGACUACGGGAAGCACGUGCGAUGGCCAACCCCACCCAAAGUUCUCCGCCAGUUUGAGGAGGCUCUGCAGGCGAUUUUUAAUAGAUGGAGAGCAUCCCAGCUCAUCAAGAGCAUACCCGCUGCAGACCUGCCCCAGGUCAGGGCAAAGGUUGCAGCCAUGGAAAUGUUGAAGGGUCAGAGGGCUGACCUUGGGCUCCAGAGGGCCUGGGAAGGCAACUAUCUUGCUUCAAAGCCAGAUACACCUCAGACCUCAGGCACUUUUGUCCCUGUUGCUAAUGAACUGAAACGGAAGGACAAAUACAUGAAUGUCCUCUUUUCCUGUCAUGUCCGCAAGGUGAAUCGGUUUAGUAAGGUAGAAGAUCGAGCAAUUUUUGUCACUGAUCGUCACCUGUAUAAGAUGGAUCCCACUAAACAGUACAAAGUGAUGAAGACCAUCCCCCUCUACAAUUUGACUGGUCUGAGCGUCUCCAAUGGAAAGGACCAACUUGUAGUGUUCCACACAAAAGACAACAAAGACCUCAUUGUCUGCCUCUUCAGCAAACAGCCAACACAUGAGAGUCGAAUUGGAGAACUUGUUGGAGUCCUGGUGAAUCAUUUCAAGAGUGAGAAGCGUCACCUUCAAGUCAACGUCACCAACCCUGUGCAGUGCAGCCUGCAUGGGAAGAAGUGCACCGUCUCCGUGGAGACGCGGCUCAACCAGCCAGAGCCCGACUUCACCAAGAACCGCUCGGGCUUUAUCCUCAGCGUGCCUGGGAACUGACCCCCCGCUCGGCUGCAGGCCUCGCCCCGGUGGGAGGGCGGCAGAACCAGGGAGCCCAGCCCGCCCAGGCAUCGCCUGCUCCCAGGAGCCACUUGGGUCUCGCUCAGCAUCGUAGGUUCCAAUCUAAUCUGCCAAAUCCCCGCUAAUGCCCUGCUAGGAAUCAGUUCUCUCGAGAGCCCUCGCUUGGGGAGGAACCCUUCUGGUGCCUUCUGUAAGGCCCUUCCCGCUGUGAAGUUUCUUCCUGGCUGUCUGGCUUCAUCUCUCUCUUCCACUGUCCCAACUUUCCACUGUCCCCACUCUAAAAACCAAAGACCCUGGUGCCCUGCCCCAGACCCUUGUCUGACGUCCAAAGCACACCUCACCUCAGAAGCAUCUUGCUGAUGCUUUAGUCCAAGAAGGCCUCCCCUGAGUGGCCAAGUCCGUGUGUCUAGAACCAUGCCCAGCCCCUGUAAAGAGGUGACAGUGGAGGGAGCCCAGGAUACAUUUACCGUGCCGUAGACAUGCUCCCCUACGGGGGUUUGGGGGCGAGCCGAUGGACCCUGCUGUCUCCCGUGAGCGUGGUCCUGCCGCUGUCCUUCCACUAAGCAAUAGCAGCCCCUGGACCUGACUCAGAGAGGCUCUCAGAGCUCCUCAGAAAACCCUGCCCACAGCAGCCAGCCAAGGCCACCAGGUGAGCAAGCUCAUCAGUGCAGCCCAGCCCCUUGGCCCAGCUGGGAGUUCUGGACCACCCAGGCCGGCCCCUGCCUGGCUCCCAGCCACCUUGAGGGUGGGGCUGUGUGGCCACAUGUGCAGAUGCUCCCAGGGCCACGUAAUUGCACGGCCUGCGUCAUGCAGGGCUCACACUUACCUUUGCAGUUUGCUGGUCUCUGCUGUAACCACACUUGUGUCAGAAAUACUCAUAAGAAAAUGGAGUUGCAGAGACAAGGGGGAGGAGCACCCAGAGGUUUGGAAACAGUCCUUUUCUAGCACCUCUGACUGUGUCUCAGCUCUCAUUUUGAGAACCAUGUCUAGGGCAGGAAGAUCAUAGCACAUGGAAACAGCAGGGACUGGAGUGAUGGAAAACCAGUGUGGGGUCCUGGCACUGCGGGCCAGGCCAGGCUUCACCCCCUCUGCCCCCUGCCCCCCAACCCCUACCUUCCGCCGAUGCUCCCAGCCUGCGUCCCUGAACCAGCGAGACACCCCAAGUGCCUGAACGCGGCCCCCUGCGCCCCACCCCAGGCCUGACCUGGUCACCUGGCCGACCAGAGCUGGCCCCAGCAGCUGGCCUGAUGCCCUCCCCCAACACCCCCACCCCACUUCCCAGGGCCUGCAAACAUUUGCACUGUGUGCAAAUUGCAACAGAGAACCCCGUGGGCAUCCUGUCCUUGGGAACCCAAUUCUUACUCUCAUUUUCCAAGCUGGUCAGUGACUGACUUGCCCAGCGCCAAGGUGCAGCCAGCCCCUUUGCCCGUCUCAAGAGUCUGCCAGUUGCCUGCACAUAGCAGUAGAACCAUGUAAUUGGGGCUUUACCUCUCAUUUCCACUUAUUUCCCCAUACUUGUUGCUUUACACUAGACACAUGCAAAUGUAUGUUUCAAGCACACCAAAGCAGAACAUGCCAAAUGAGUUGCCUUUUCUGAAGCUGCUGAGGAGGGCUCUGGGUUGGGAGACCCGUCCCCGCCUCACGCCCACAAGCACUUUUUUAAGAAGUCACAGUACGUGGCGACUGAAGAAGGAUUAGGAAUUUAGGGUGUGAUCGUGGUAAUGUAGCCAGGGUGUGCAGGGGACAGGAAGAGGACUCGGUGAUUGUAUGCAAUGAAGUGUUUCUCUUGAUUUAAUUAAAUGCAUUUUUAUGGUUUGGUGCAGAUAUUCCUAUUUUCCAUUAAACUAACUUUAUUUCUAAAGCAUAUUUUGAUUUACCAUCAAGAGCAAUAAAGCAUUAAAUCUUA